AAAAAUAACCCUUUUUACAAAAAUGUAAAUGUUUUUCCUUCGACCUUCAACCUUUCAAUCUUAUUACUAUUUUCCCUUGCUUUUUAACCACGCAAACCAAAUCUUAAACCCCUUAAAAGGUACAGUAGACACCACUAUUCGUAUCGAUGUUCCAUGUCACACCCACUAACAUGUCUUUGAAGCUCAAUAUGAAUCCAGACCAUGAAUAUUUUCACCACCAAACGUUUGUAAAAGAACACAUGUUUGAGAAACGACUGACUCCCAGUGACGUCGGGAAGCUCAACCGCCUCGUCAUCCCCAAACAGUACGCCGAGAAAUACCUUCCGGUCAUCUCCGGCAGCCUGGUUCUGAGCGUGGUGGAUGAAUCCGGCAAGCAGUGGAAGUUCCGGUACUCCUACUGGAAUAGCAGUCAGAGUUACGUUUUCACGAAAGGGUGGAGUCGUUUUGUUAAAGAGAAGAAGCUUGAAGCCGGCGACGUCGUUUUUUUUCAACGGCAGGUGGUGGACUCUACUCCAGUCAUGGUUCUUGGGUGGAGGCGGCGGAUGAACGACGGUUGGAUUUCAUCGGAAAAGCCAGAGAUGAUGAAGUAUAAAACAGUGAGGCUUUUUGGCGUGAAUCUGGAAUGUAGGACCUUUGAAGCUCAGGAGGAUUCAAUAAGUGACAUGAAGGCACCCACACCUGAUAAUGGUUGUUUUACUACUAAAAUGGAGAAAGAGGGUAUUUUGGAGAUGGGGCCAUGGAGGCAUAUGUAGUCAGAGAAAAGGGUACUGUAGGGAUUCCCCCCCCUGAAAAUUCAUUUUAAGGUUGAUGAUGUUUCAUUGCAUUACGAUUCAUCCCCAUCACCAGUGUUAAAUGUUAUUGUUAAUGUCCUUUCCCUUUUCCUGUCUCUUUCCAAC